AUGUCCGACGAAGCGCCCGAUCCCGUAGUGCUUCGAGCAGUCCCCUCUACCAACGUAUUCAGAUCGGACAUUUUCGCAGGCAAAGUGUUGUUGUGUUCUGGAGGAGGGUCGGGCAUCUGCAAGGGCAUGGUAGCGACGAUGAUGAAGCACGGAUGCAACGCUGCCAUCAUCGGAAGGAAAGCGGACAGGUUGAAUGCUGCUUCGAAGGAACUGGAAAAGGAGGCUGGCAAUGGAACAAAGUGCAUCGCUACUCCCAGGGAUGUCAGAAAGAUUGAGGAUAUGAACGAGAGCGUCAAAAAGGCGAGGCGAGGCGAGGCGAGGCGAUUGCGCGAUGCAGGAGCCUUCUCGACUAGGUUUCGCCUUGUUGUGCGUGAGCAGGGCCACUGAGACGGAAGACCCUCGCACCCCCACCCUCACAGACCAUCGCAGAAUUUGGAAGAAUCGACUUUGUCAUCUGUGGAGCGGCAGGUGAGCGGGCCUCUUCGCAGCAGCAGUCGAAGCGAAGGGGAUCCGCGACUAACUCGGCGCGCUGCUGAUUGUCCGUCAUCAGGCAACUUUCUGGCCAGCUUGGAAAGCCUUUCGUCCAACGCCUUCAAGACGAUUCAAGAGAUCGAUCUGCUGGGUGAGCUGCACGAGCGGAAUGGGAACGAGCUACGCAAGCUGACGCGGAUGAGCACGGUCUCGCUACCUUGGACGCGCAGGCACAUACAAUCUCUUCAAGGCUUCCCUCGACGAGGUCAAAAAGUCCCAGUGAGUGAUCGACGCGGCGUACCUGCAGCAAGGGAUCCUACGUUCGCUUCCCAGCCGACGCAAAAGCUGAUCAAACGAGACGCGAUUGCAUUCCAUCUCCACCAGCGGCGCAUAUGUCCACGUCACAGCAACGCUUCAUCACACCGGUAUACCGUAAGUAAGGAGCCGCAGAGGCAAGCAGCUCGCUCACCUUCUCAUUCGAUCAGUACACUCACUUGGCAUUCCUCCCACUCGCUUCCUGCUCACUUGCAUCACGCAGCUGGCAGAGUCCAGCAUCAGCAGCCAAGGCAGCCAUCGAGACGCUAUCGCAGAGCAUAGCAGUGGAGAUGGGUCCGUGGGGUGUCAGGUCCAACUGCAUCGCUCCUGGCAUCAUCAAGGGUACCGAAGGUGCAGACAGGCUGACUCCAAAGGGCGCCGAGGACUACGUAGCUAGGUGAGCGAAGACUUGCGGGAGCUACAUCGACUCUCCUUCAUCCUGCGCGCACAAAAGCUCAUCUCACAAUGUGCCCUACUGCUCGCCUGUGAUUGAUCAGUCAAAUCCCAUUGCAGCGUCAAGGAGACUUGGUGAGUGAUGAGGGAGCGGGCGCACAACACUGCCGCAAGCUCGGGCAUCCUGACAUUGCGCCUUUGUCUUACCCCCCUCCUGCAACGCUUCAGCACGACAUCGCAAACGCUACCGUAUUCCUCUUUUCAGAAGCGGCUUCCUACAUUAACGGCACGGUUGUCAUCGUCGAUGGUGCAGCUCGCAAUUUCCCUGGUCCUUUUUUGCCCUACCCGACCAGCUCCCUGGACCAAAAAUCCAUCGCAGACAUUGUCAAGGGCAGUCGAUUGUGA